CUCAACAAACUCCACAAAUUAAACGACUUUGUUUAAACUAAGAUUAGAAAUUGUUAAAGUUAGAGUCAGGGCCACUGUCUGGGCGAGAUUUGUACGUGGUCUGUUAGAAGGUAAAACAUGCCUGAAAUACUAAACUCAGGACCAGAAAUGUCCCAAAGACUUUAGCUUCGGGUAACUACUCUGCCAGCUAAAAUCAGUGUGCCACACUCCACAAGACUGAUAAUUAGCCUCAUAAAUAUCAGAAACCCCGGCUUUCUUGGGAGAAAUUAACUCGUGUAACUCCUCCAGAAUUAAGGGAUGGGUCUUCUCUCUUAAGUGUAGCGGUUUUCAAGGCAACCAACCCCUGUUGCUGUGAAGUCUGCCAGAGGAAUCUCUACACUCAUUUGAAAAUCCUGCCUGCUGAAUCGACGAAAUAAAUGGAUCUAUCUAUAAUAUGAGAAUCUGCAUCCAAAGAGAUCUCCUCUUCCUCAAGACUAAAGACUGACCGAUGAGUCCUCCUUAGCUGUACCUCUGGACUGUUACCAGCUUACUGACAUGACCUGCAAUCUGUAAACUUUUGUAGCCAUGGCUUUGAAAGUGGACCUCACUGCAGAGCCAGAUCAACCAGAAACGAUGCAGAAGGUUCCUGUGCCGGGCUGAGACAGUAACUGAGGUCAGAGCUGAGAUCUGUGGGAGGCAACAAUUGGCUGAAAGGUGAAUGGAGACAAGGAAGAGCACCACAACAGGGGUUCUUUUCUGGACCCCUGCCCCGGUCCGCACCUCACCCACCAGCUCUGUAAUUUCUGAGGAUGUGUGGGAGGAUGAGGAUGAAGAACAGGCAGAGAAAGACGAUGACUUUGUUAGCCAGAUGGACGAGAAUGGCAUCAUUGGAUUGUCGGAAGCACUGGAGGAUGUGGAGUUGGGGGAAACUUGCGGUGAUGCAGAUUGUAAUCCAAACUCGUACACCGAGUCACCAGGAGAGGAUGAACAAAUGCCGUCAACAUGUGAUGACUUAAUGGGUAGCUUAAAAGCAUGGACAGUGGAUGAGGAGGAGGUGAGCCAGAGGAAAGGAGAGCAGGUGAUAGAGUGCCUCCGUGAGAGGGACAAAUACUUGGACAUGACAGAGGAGGAGAAAGAUGGAGAGGAAGCAGAGAAGAGGAGUGGCAGGAAGAGAAAGAAAAAUGAGCACAGUUGCACAUCAAGAGAGCCUGGAACUAGCAAUAGCUUGGCUGAGAGCUAUAAUUCCAAAGGAGAGAUUGAGAAGAUCAGCACUUCACAAUCUUGCAGCGCUCACCUGCUAGCCAUGGAACCAGCUGGAGUCUCAAAUCAUUACUGCCCAAUAUCCCAGCCUGUCACAGCCCCCUCUUUCCCCCACCUUCUCCACUUCACUGCUGAGGAAAUAGCUGCUGCUCCGGGGAUUGAAGCUGAAACUUUUCCAGAGAUGAGCUUCAUAGAAAGUCUUUCAGAAUCACACAGGAGCCACAUAAUCCUCAAGUCCAGUCCUCGUGAUCCAGAGAUAAAGCUAACGGCUUCUCUUCAGCCAGCAGCCAUGUUUUCUGAAGAAGUCAUGUCAAAUCAUGACAGCGGAGUAAGUAAUGAGCCUUUAAAGGGAUCAGUUAAGUCAGAUAAGCAUCAUAAACAGCCCACUCCCUCACCAAGGAAGAUGAGGCAGCCCUCUCCUGAAGCUAGCUGUUCAAGGACUCAUUCCUUCAGCACAGUCAGGGCAGACUUGAAAUUCAAACAUCAGACCACAUAUCCUGACAGAGAGCCGAGGACACCCAGAGCCGGGAGUAAUGCUGCUGAAGUGGAUGAAUCCAGAAAAGGGCCUUUGAGUUACCGCACACCAGACUUCUCCAUGGUGGAGCCCAGGGUCCGUUUCCCCAAAGGUGGUUACAAGCCCCCCAAGAGCAGACGCUCUUCCAAGAGGGAGUCCCUGUCACCUGAGCCCCCCUUAGUGUUUAAAUCCCCUGCUGACAUUGUGAAAGAAAUCCUACUGAACACCACUGAUGGAUCUCCUGCCUCAUCAGACUCUUACAGACCACCAACUAGUGCCCUUAACUCCACUGUUCCUCAGGAGUUCAGAUGCCGCCAGCAAGCCACCACACUGCUCGAACAACUACAGGAGGACUACAACAGACUGCUGACUAAGUAUGCCGAAGCAGAGAACACCAUUGAUCGUCUGCGUCUGGAAGCUAAGGACAGACCUAUCGAGAUCCAACAGCCCAGGCCCAGACAUUGUCAGCACAGCACAGGCAGAACAGUGAACCUGUACUCGGACCCUCCAAAGCCCGGUCACUUGGUGCAGUCUGGACUGAACCACGACACUUCAAAGGUCAUGACGAUGGAUUUUCCAAAGGCUCAGAGAGCAGAGAUCAACUCAGCCUCUCAUCAUCCAAACGGACACAGCACUCAUCAGAGAAGUUCGUCUGCCUGUCCUUCGACAAGAAGCCCAGACCCUCAGGUGGGACAGCAGCUGGCCAAGAUUCUCUACAAUCAGGCCGACAAGUUCCUCCAGCAGCUGCAGAGAUUUGAGGAUCUCCUUAAGAAUGAAAAACUCAAACCUUUUGACCAGAUGAAGGGUCUCUCACAGCUUGCUCAGGGGCUCGACUCUUUAGAAAGGGGCUACCUGUUAGUGAGGGAUGAGCAGAAACUCCUGCAGCAGCAAGGGGCAGAAAUCAGCCUCUUUGACCCUGAACGGGAGCUGGAGGGGCUGAUCUUUCAGUGUGGGCUACAUAUGGAUGAGCUGAAGGAGCAGGUGGAACAGAUGCAACAGGAGCAGCCCACCUGUGAGGCUCCUCCCUCUCCACCUUGUCACCCCAUCCCUUCAUCUGUCGCGUCUGAAGGGGGAGAAACUCUGACUCACCCACAGAGCCCACCUGUGCCUUUGCUGGUUGAUGCAGGAGAGGCAGUGGGCGUGGAGGUGAGCUCAGCCAGUGAAGAGAGUGAUGAAGAGGAGGCCGAGACGGAGGAUGAAGAAACUCUGAAUUCUCUCUACCUCAAAGCUCUGAAUGGCAAAUACAGACGUGUUGAACAACACUUUGACACACUAACGGAUCACUACCAAAGCUUCAAGGAGCUUCCCAAACUUUUAGACCAUAGCCAGAGGGAAGGAGCUCCCCUUUCUGCUGCCUUAAGAACCGACAUGCAGCCUGGGGACAAGGAGAAAGAAAGACAGGGUCACGGAACUGGAAACCUGGAAGUCCAGAAAAGUCUUCCACAGAGGAAAGCCAAAUCACACUAUCAGGACUCUCCUCCUGUUCGCACCAGCAAACAGCAGACCAGCCAGUCCACCACACCCUCCGUUCAUCCUCCCAGUAGCAGGAGGUUAGAGGUGGGAAAGUCCCACAGCAGCAGUCUGAGCAGUCUGGGGGAGAUCACUGCAGUGGAGAAGAGGAAUGCCAAACUCCAAAGUGGGAACAGCAGAGUGCUUUCUCAGGAUGGGAUCAUCUCUCCGGAGACGGACAGCGGGUUUGUCGGUUCAGAGAGCAGCCGUCUGACUCCGGCAGCAGCUCCCAGUCCUCUCCACCAGAGGGCCUCAGAGAGUGUUUCAGUGCCUCAGGAGGGGAAACCUGGGAAGCCUCAGACGGUCCCAGUCUCAGGACCAUCUCCUGCUUCCUCACCGUCACUCAGUCGCGCGGCUACGGAGCCCAAUGGGGGCUCCCGGCUCACCCCCAACCAGCCGAGGAGAACCAGACAGGGGCAGAGGAGACGCACCUUCUCCUGCUCUCCACAGCGCUGGAUCAGUCAGACAGAACAAAUCAGGGCCGACAGUGGGACCAGUGAGUUUGGGCCGGAGAGUGACAGCACUCACACUGUGUCUGAAGACGGACAGAAUGACCAGUACACGGAAUCUAUCAGUUCCCUCCACAGCUCCAGCCCAAGCUCCUCCCCCUCUGCACGGUAUCACCGUGGCAAUUCUCGCAGAGCAAUGAGCUCCAGUCAGGUGGCGAAUCACAUUGAUGCAAUCCAGACGCUGCAGACCGAGGUGACCAGACUGAAGGAGAGACUGGAAAGAUGUCUGAAUAAUAAGAAGCCUCUGAGUUCUAUGAGAGCAGCUCCUUCAGCCCAGGAGAACUACACUCACUACAACACCUCUACACCUCACGUCAGGUCUGGGGAGCGAUUGAGUGAUGUCAGCAGGGGAAGAAGAGACAGACAGACGAUUGAUGAGGUUGAGUCUACACUGAGACGAACAACCAGGAAGAGACCAACGUCUGCACACAGACAAAAAACACAACCUGACAUCUUGACAGGUUCAGAGCCCUCUACACUCCAGCCCCAGGUGUCCAGAUGUACCCAAACAUCCGCUGCAGCACCAGACAGCUGCAGUUCACACACUAAUACAGUCCGCAGCAGAACACACCCCAGGCAGCAUCCUGGUGUGUCUGUACAAGUGUCUGAAACAGCAGAUGAACCUGACAGCAGAAGUCGUCGAGCUCCUCUUUGUCCUCAGUGUUUGUCACGUCACCGAGGGCGACCUGAAAGGCCAGUUGGUGGCAACAGAGAGCCAACACACUCCUCUCGCUGUCGUCACUGUCCUCUCUGUGGGCGCCCUGAACCGUACAGAAGCACUGGGCCAGACUCCCCCACACACACAAGCUGCCAACCAGCCGAGACCCCUGAAAGAGCAGCGAAGAGCAGAUACUUUGCAGCUGCAGCUCCACCUGCACUGCUGCAGUGCAUGUCAGUGUGCCCACCCCCACUCCUGUUGUACUCAUCGCCCCUCUACGUGUCUCCUAGCAACAGCACUGGCACAUCCUCGGGGGUCAGAGGUCACGGGGAGAUAGGGGGGAGGACAAGACGCUCCCUGUCCGCUGACAGGCAGCGCUCCUUGGACAGCUCUUUGAACAGAGCCAUCAGAGCAGCUCGGCACAUGAAACACACCUCUGGACACAUGGCUCGCUCUCUGGCUACUGGACUGCACUACCAGGAGCAGCUGACUCAGUACUGCAGCUAACUAGUCUGAACUCACUUCACAGGCAGCUUAGACUGAGCAGCAAUAACUGAACACCAGCAUCAGUUCAGCUGCAGAACAAGGCUGUUGACAUCACGAGGAGCCCAAAGAUGGACCAAAUGAAUAAAAAAUCUAAAAUCCUUCUCUGCUUUGUAACAUUUCUUUGGUUCCUACAUUUGGAGAAAAACAAAAUGUUGCUUAAGCUUCUUUUGCUGCAUUAUUUCUUUUAAAUGUAAUUUUAUGGCAAGAUUUAAGUCUCAGGUGGCCAAACAUGAAUUUGUCUUUUGCAGGUAUAUUAUUAUUUCAAAAGAUGUGCUGGCAUACAUUGAAAUGACACUUUCUAAAAUGAUGUAGUACUGUAGAUCAGUUUGAUAAAAAUGUUGUUGAUCAUACUGAUUUUCAGACCGAUUAGUUUCUUCUUCAUUGAACAUGAGAAGUUACAGCUGUCAUGAGUUAAUACUCAGUUAUUUUGAGCUAUUUAUUGAUCACAGUUAUUGAUGAUGCAAUUGUGUUUUUUAAGACUUUUCUUUCAAAAUCUAAAAAUAUGUUCAGGAUUUCAGUGUUAUUUUAGUUGCUGUUUUUCUUGUUGAUACAGUAACAUGCUGCACUGUAAGUGAAUGCACUCGCUCAUUGCACCUGGAGUCAGUUUUGGAUGGUCAUACAAGAGACCACCAUGGAUCUAUUUUAACGGCUCAUCUCUCUUUAUCUCUAAAACAUAAUGAGGAGAGUCGUGUGGCCACCAAGGGCCUGAGAUGCUGGAUAUCCUCAAAAUUAGUCUGCUUCUAUGUUGUUACUCAUUUUACAUGUAUAGACUACACAUUUGAAAUUGUGGAGUUUUGGAAUUAAAUUCUGUACAGUAUUUUAUCAUAAGUUUGCAAGUGUAACUGUGAGCCAAACAAUGAAGUCUACUGUAACUGACCAGCUUUAUGUGGAGCAAAUAUUUACAUGCCAGCACUGCAGUGACAUCCAGGCUGGUGUGGCUCUAUCUUUAUAUGCAGGUGGGGCUGCCAACACAGACGGAGGAAUAAGACUAUUUUUACAGCUAAAAUAAUGCAUUAUAUUUGGUUGAAACAUACCAUAGAACUGUGGAUGUUUUAAGUGAAUUCUGUUUUUGUUAACUUCUAAUCCUUUUUACUUUUAUACCAUUAAUUUAUAACCGUAGGCUUUUUUAAUAGAUUGCAGGGAAUAUUUUCAGUUGUCCCUAAGGAGCCAAAUAAAUGUGGGAAUUAACAUUUGG